AUGGCAGGAACUGGCAACACGGGAGAGUUCUUGGAUUGGGACAUCCUUGAUGGAGCGGACACGGUGUCCUCCUUCACCCUCGCUCCCUCGGAGGCAGCAACCCUGGACAAGAAGGUCUUCAAGAUGGAAGAGGAAGUCAUCGAGAGUGCGCCUGCAUGUGGCCCUGAAAGCCGGACGGAGGGGGAUGUUUCUGUGUCGUCCUCUCCACCUACGGCACCUCUGGCGCUGCUACUACAUUGUCGCCUCCCACAUCGUCACGUUCGCACGCGGGCCUUGGCUGUGUCCUUUGUGGAGGAGCCGGCUUCUGCUCCCCUGCUUCGGGUGGGCUGCAGUGCGAGGUUCAAUGAUCUGCAGCACACGUGCCCCUCCAUCGCACCGAACUACUCCUUCACGCAUGGCUGGUGGGGACCUUUGGUAGUGCUCUGGAAGAAGCUGGAUGCCUUUGAGGGCAUGGACUACCUGAUCCCCACGUUGUCCACGGAUGGCACUGGUUUCAUUGCCGGGCCUUGCCGGCUUGAGUCGGCUCUUUAA